UAAAAGUUAUAAAAUGUAGAUGUAGAGGCUGCGGGAGACUGGUCUGACAGGGUAAGCCGGUUGUCGGGAGGAAGAACGCCGCUAUUGGCAGAGUCACGCGGGGUAACCGGCUGGCGGCUGUAGCCGGUCACAGUGUAUUGGUCGUCCUCCAAACAAGUACUUACAAUAUUUUUAGAGUGCUUUUUCCUGUGACGGUCCCGUUUAUUCCCCACACUCUCCUCGAUUCUUCCACUUAAAAGUGGGGAAAAAAAGGUAACCUGACUCUUAGAAAUUUGAAUUCAAGUGUGGGUCACCUCAUCUCAUGUAGUAGUCAUGAUAUAAAUUAUAAAUACCUCUCAACAAACCCAAAAUCAAGAAUUACAAGCCCUCUAUAGCUAGGAGUUGAAGCAAGACCGGCCGGUUCAAUAGUAAAAAAAAAUAUAGAAAGAGGAAAGAUCGAAGCGGAAAACGGGACAAGACGGGUGUGCCGUUGUGGAUGUUGGGGUUGGGUGUGGACCGGCUUCAAGCCGACAUCAACCGGCUCCUAGCCUCUCUUUUCCACCAGGGAGUGCUGGACGAGCAGUUCUUGCAGCUUCAGCAGCUUCAAGAUGAGACUUCACCAAACUUUGUGUAUGAUGUCAUUAAUAUCUACUUUGACGAAUCCGAGAAGUUACUCCGGAACCUUAGAUUAUUGCUGAUGGAUAGAGAAUUCUCGGACUACAAGAAAAUAGGAUUACACCUGAAUCAGUUGGUGGGAAGCAGUUCCAGCAUUGGUGCUCGUAGGGUUCGUAACGUAUGCGUUGCUUUGCGUUCUGCUUCUGAACUUAGCAACCGCCCAGGGUGCUUGAGAGGACUGGAGGUAGUAGAGCAUGAGUAUCAUUACCUCAAGAACAUGAUGCAUGAACUCUUCCAGCUGGAGCAGCAGAGGCUAUUAGCUGCAGGAGUCAGAUAUCCAAUGUAGAAUAAUGAUUUUAAUUUGUCAUAAACUUGAGGAUAAAUGAGAAAGCUAAUUAGUGUGUGAUAGUGUGUGUUGUAAGGUACCGAAGCGAAACCAUUUCUUCUAAUGAUGUUUUGUUGUUACUCUCUUGGCAAAUUAAAAUUAUAUAUUUCCCUUUUGUAUU